GAGCUUGCGACUGCAAACCAAUCCCUAGUGCCUAGUCGCCUGAUCUGGGGAGAACGCAUCUGAGACUGAUUUUCGAGUCAAAGCUACUGCUCGUUUGAAGGGGAGCCACCUGUGCGGUUGCGCUCCUCUUUGCUCGUUGGGUUUUGGUUCAAGAGGGGGAAACCUUCGUGGAGACUGAAGAGGAAGGCCAAGUUCGAGGGUGUUCCUCGUCCACUCUUCUCGAUCCGCAAUGCGUGCGGCCGCCGGAGACGCCCCGCCGCGGCGUGCGGGGGGUAUCCGCGUCCGUGUCCCACUGGUAGAGUCUGUCUCCUGCCACUGCAGGGUAGAUGGAGGUCUUAAAACCGUUGUAAGUGCUAGGAAGUUUGUCCCCGGUGCAAAGCUGUGCAUGCAACCUGAUAUCAUACCAAACAAGCGCAAGUCAAGGAGCUCACGCAAGGAGAGAUCCAAAACUCAAUCACCACUGCUGCCUGGGCUUCCUGAUGAACUGGCUAUUUCCUGUCUCAUGCGGGCUGCUCGGAUCGAACACCCAAAUAUGCGGUUAGUCUGUAAACGAUGGAACCGACUUUUGUCUGGAAAUUAUUAUUACUCCUUGCGUAAGAAAUUCGGCAUGGCAGAAGAAUGGAUCUAUGUCUUCAAAAGGGACCGUGAUCAGAAGCUAUCUUGGUAUGCGUUUGAUCCUGUAAACCAGCUCUGGAAGUCAUUGCCUCCAGUUCCACCAGAGUAUUCUGAAGCUGUUGGUUUUGGUAGUGCUGUUCUCAACGGAUGCUAUCUGUACUUAUUUGGCGGCAAAGACCCAGUACAUGGAUCUAUGAGGCGCGUUGUAUUUUACAAUGCUCGGAUAAACAAAUGGCUACGAGCUCCAGAUAUGCUGCAAAAACGGCACUUCUUUGGUUCUUGUGUCAUAAACAACUGCCUUUAUGUUGCUGGUGGAGAGUGUGUAGGGAUACAGAGAAUUCUAAGAUCCGCUGAGGUAUAUGAUCCGAACAGGAAUAGAUGGUCUAGCAUUGCUGAAAUGAGCACAGGAAUGGUGCCCUCUAUUGGAGUAGUACAUGAUGGCAAGUGGUAUCUAAAAGGUCUAAAUUCUCAUCGCCAGGUCGUGAGUGAGGUCUAUCUUCCAGCAUCCAAAAUGUGGUCAGCCACCGGUAAUGAAAUGGUAACGGGCUGGCGGAAUCCAAGCAUUUCCCUCAAUGGGCAUCUUUAUUCUGCUGAUUGUCGUGAUGGCUGUAAGCUUCGAGUUUAUAAUAGAGAGAUGGGAUCAUGGACAAGGUUCAUUGACACCAGACACCAUAUGGGAAGCUCACGGUCUCUCGAAGCCGCAGCCUUUGUCUCCCUUAAUGGGAAGCUCUGCAUCAUCCGUAACAAUAUGAGUAUCACUAUUGUUGAUAUAUUGGACCCAACAACAGCUACUGAGGUCGACAGUGCGCGCAUGUGGGAGGCUUUUGCUCGAAAGGGGCAGCACAGAUCAUCAUUCAUGGCAAACCUAUGGUUAAUCAUCACAGGUCGUAAUCUGAAGACAGACAUUAUGCAUUGUCAGGUGCUCCAAGUUUGAGUUUGUCCAUGUAUGAAGUGGAGUAUACUUACACAACCUCAGAGCCUGACUUGGAAGCUGAAAUGGGUACAUGAGCCAUACCAAAGAGACCAGCUUUCGCUUUGAACUCUGUAAAUAUCCCUGAUUUCGUCCUUUUGAACUUUCUAAUUUUGGCACCUAUCUGUCAGUGAGCUUCCAAGAGAUUGGUCCUGGGGACUGGAGAAAGAAUAUGCCAUGGCUCAUGAGGCAUUAAGGGUUUGAAUGGCAGCAUGAACCCCAUAGGUCAGAAGCGUAGGAAGCACUGACGAAAGAUGGUAUAAGCCCAGAGCUGGAACAGAGCAGAGGCAGGGCUAUUGACUACUAAAGCCCCAGAGGUGUUACUUCAGUUUGGUAAAAUGCAGGUCUCCAAUAACUUCCAUAGAAUUGAUGCUUUGUUUCAGAAUGGCAAGCUGACUCAUCAGGAAUUUGCACAACUGAUACAGUUGAUGUAGGCCGCCGCACAGGUUACUGCCAUGCUGUCAUACAUUUUCAGGAUAGGAAGUACAGCCGCUAGUUUGAAAACUCAAAUCCCCACAAUCCUCGAGGGUAUAUGAGUUUCCAAACUAGCCCUGACUGUGCAUAUCCUCCUCUAUGAGUUUCCAAACUAGCCCUGACUGUACAUAUCCUCCUCUUGGUUUAUCAGUCAUGGGAAGUACUCGUAUGCUUUAUACCUUGAAAUCUUCCCUCCUUAAUUAUUGUUUGCUGAGAAAUCUGUAGAAACUGAUCGGUGCUAUUUCUGAAAGGAAAUUCUAGACACCAUCGAAUUAUGUGUUGCUAAUAAUGCGGUCUUGUGAGAACUUUGAACCAUGAACAUAUCGACUCUUAUCUUAUGAAUGUCAUGGCCAUUGGAUAAUAUUUGGCAGUGGUUUGAUAUAUAAAUAUAAAAGAACAUGUCAGCUCA